UACAUUCUUUUUUUUUUUUUUCUAAAAAGAAAAUAUUACUAUAACUAAUUGCAAUAAAUAUUUUUUUCUUUUUACCAAAUUAAGAGAUAUUGGUGUAAAGAAAAACACAAUGGAGCCAUAAAAUCAAAGAAGAAAACUAGAUUAUGCCACCUUUAUGAAUGUUAGCAAAAAAGGCAGUGCACCUUCUUCUUCUUCAGGGAGGGUUGAGACUUGAGGAAGAGAGGAGGUUAAGGAAGAAGAGAGAAAUCGAAAGGCAGCAAAAUUAAGGGAAUCACAGAAUAGGAUUCUUCAGAAAACCCAAAAGUUAGCUUCUGGCAUGAAGGGUCAUGGAUCAACUAGUACACCACAUACAUCUCACAGAAGAAUUGCCCCUUUGACAGAAAAUCCGUUAAAGAAGCCAACACAUUUUCAUGGCAAGUUGACAUUCAGAAAUGAAUUACCAGAUCCGUCAGCGCAGCUAAGGACUUUGUCUUUAAGAAAAGAACCUGAUCGCUUUACGAAAUACGCAACUACCUCACUGGAGAAAAUGCACAAGCCUGAACUAUAUGUUGAACCAGACCUUGGAAUUCCGCUUGACCUUCUUGAUAUGAGCAGAACACAAAGCGCAGAAAUCGUACGCAAGCGACAAUAAAGAUCCACGACGAGCAAAGUCGAAUUCCAUAGCACCGGAUGAAGAACAACUUGUCCAUACUGAGUAGAUCUUUAUAUCUUGAGCCUGUCUAAGCAAUCCUUGGAAGUAUACUUAAAUUGUUGUUGAUGUAUUUGUUGAGAUCUGUA